GCAAUGGGUUGUUGCUAGUCUUCAGUCGUGUAUGGCGUUGUUUGCUUGAAGGGACAUUAGAGAAAUGUGGUAUAUUAUUAACCACCGCUAUUUAAACGAUUACAUUUAGUAGGUUUCGACAUAUAAGUACAUUUGUAAUGUCAGCUAAGAAACGAUCUAGAGAGAAGGAGGAUAAGAGAGAACAUAAAAGACACAAGGAAUCAAAAGACGAGGAGGACAAAUUCAAAAAACAUACAAAAAAACUUAAUCUCGAUGUGCAGAAAAUCAAGCAUGUGGAGACUUUCUAUGAAAACCCACCUCCUGGACUCAUAAAGGAAUAUGACGAUCGGCCGGAGGACUGCAUCCCUGAUGACCCAGGCAACGAGCAGGCACGGGGCUUCCUGGCCAGUGCGCCCACCAAAGGUUUAUGGAUGCCCCUGGGAAAAGAGGUGAAAGUCAUGCAGUGUUGGAGAUGCAAACGCUAUGGUCACAGGACAGGAGACAAAGAGUGUCCGUUCUUUAUCAAGGGAAACCAGAAACUGGAGCAGUUCAGGGUGGCUCAUGAGGACCCCAUGUAUGACCUGAUCAGGGAGAACAAACGCAACGAAAAGGAGACGCGCAUCCAGCAGCUCAGGCAGCUGUUACAAGACAGCACCUCUGACGACUCUGACUCCAGCUCCUCCUCCUCCUCCUCUUCCUCCUCCAGCUCCAGCCACGGUCAGAAAAAGAAGAAGAGAGCGAAGGAGAAGGAGAAGAAGAAAAGGGAGAAGAAGAAACCCAAACAAAAGAAAAAGAAGAGGAAGAACGUACACAAACACAAGUCCAAGACGAGCAAGUCCGACUCUGACUCAGACUGACUGACUGACUGGAGGGGCUGAAUGUGAAUGAGGACCCUUGGGUGGGUGGAGGGCGGGUGUGAGAAAGAGACGGAGGAUUGGAGGAGAUGGGGAAUAGAUGGUGGGUGGGCGUUAGAGGAUGGAUGGAUUGUUGUGGAGGGGGGGGGGGGGGGGGGAGCUGACCUCCGUGACUCCUCAACCCCCACCCGCCACCCCUGGGCCCCUGGAGCUCAAACCCCCACCCCCCAGGAGCUGCUGAAUAAUGCAUGAGCUUGCCUCUGCCUUCUCGAGCAUGGGUGGUAUUGAGCUCGUAAGGCAUCUGCACCAGACAAGGCACACACACACACGUGAUUGCGUGGUACAGCAAUAAACUGCAUGGUGUGUCCCCAGUUGAAGAGGCGCUGAAGAAGAAGUUGAGAAAGAUGGCGUUUGAGCGAUAGAUAGCUGGAUAGCAGAAAUGGAUGUAUUUUUCUACCAGACACAAACUAUGACUAAUGCUGUAAUAUUAAAUUACUGUACUGCAGUAGCUUUCUUUCUUUCCUCCUUUUCCGUAUUUCUUUUGCACGUCCUGCACUUACGUUUUGCAAUUUGCCCACUGAUUGAUAUGAAGCAGGCUGUAUGAAUGAAUGACUAAAUAAAUAAAUCCAUUUGAAAUGCCA